UUUUAUUAACGUGUCCAGUCUAGCGCUUUUAUGUUCUUUCAUGAAUUUACUGUAUAAUUUGAUGAAACGUUGAACAAAGUGAAAAGGAAGUGAUGAAACGAAAGGGUUUGGUUUAUGACACGCUGGCCACUUCCUACUUUUCUUUUAUAGAAUUAAGUUGAAAAUAAAGUUCACUUAUCAGUGUCAGCACGCAUUCAAGUGAUCAUGGGGAAAAUUGAGUGGGCGAUGUGGGCAAACGAGCAAGCUCUGGCUGCUGGACUCAUUUAUGCGACUGGUGGGAUUGUCGGGGUGGCUGGUCAGUUCAGAGGCUGGCAGUUUGCAUGUUUCGGCAUUGCUGCCGGUGUGUUUGUGUGUUUGCUUGAAUAUCCACGAAGCAAACGGGGCAAAGGCACCAGCGUUGAGAGAACUGGUCAGUACUGCUUCACAGUUUGUGUAAAGGCUGUUGGACCCCUGACCAGAAACUAUUACGUCAGAGCAUUCUUGCACGCUGCGCUGUGUGUUCCUGGAGGGUUCAUGUUAGCCACAGUUCUGGGAUGUGUGUGUCUAGGAAUUGCCAGUUUAAUCUAUCUUUCAGCAGCUAUUCACGGAGAACAUUGGGAGCCCAUACUGCCCCGCAGAGAGCCACCAAAGCGUGUUGGGGAUAGCAUCAAAGAGCCUCCUCAAAACCCUCCACCUCGGCCUCCUCCUGAACUCCGCCGGAAGAAAGCAGAUAAACUAGAGGCUGCUGUGUAUGACAAUCCCAUGUCUGUCACCGUCAGUGAAUAAGGAUUCCAUUGUGAAAACAGUAACCUAUUAUUCAAGGAGGCUUCAGUAACAAGUAACUGUAUUGAUAUGAAACAUUUAUGAUGAGUUUAUACUAACAAACUGCAUCAAGACAGAGAGAGAGCUAGCACUGAAAAUUUUU